UCUCCCAUCACUUGUGUGCUGGCAUAGGAUUAGUGCCAGCCUUUUUUUUCUCUUGCUCGGUAUUCAUUUUCCUUUUCCCGCCUUCUUUUCCAUCACAUUCUGUUCCCUCGUGCGCUUCCGCCCGUUCUUUAGGUCUCCAUCUGAGAGGCAAGAUUUUGUCCAACUUGGGACUUCUUGCCAUUUAUUCUUCAGCCGGUUUUUAGCUCGGCUGCAGUGAGACCUGUUAAAACUACCAUCAAACUUUUCUUCAUUAGCGCGGGAAGGGCUAAUCAGUCUACCGAAAAUGCGGUUCUCAGAGGAAGAAGCAGCUGAAGUGAAGAAAUGGGUGGUGAGGAAGCUAGAAGAUAUUUCCGAUGCUGAUUCCGAUGUGCUGGCCGACUACGUACUUGCGCUUAUCAGAACAGAUGCGCCAGAUGAUGAGAUCAGGAGGGCAUCUGUGGAGAACUUGGAAGAUUUCUUAAGAGAGCACACGACUAAAUUCGUCGAUGAGCUGUUCACAACAUUUGGUCCCAAGGAAAAGCAGACGCCUCCGCCAGUUUCACAUUCGCAAACCCGGCCGCAGCUUCCACAUGAGAUCGCACACUCCGGGAUAGCAGCCUCUCAACAGUCUGUCCCAUUUGGUACGCCUUCGGGACCUCUGAAGGGUGUUUAUGGGCAGCAGCCGAUGGCUGGAGUGCUGGAGGCUCAAGGCGGGUUGGAUAACUCGAAUUUCACUCGGAAACGCACCUACCAGGAGGGAUUCCAAGCUGAUCAGGAGCUCCAGGAUGCUCCGCAUAAUCGAUCAUUCAAAACCCCACGUCGGGGCCGCGGAGGUAGCAGAGGAGACUGGAUGGGAAGGGAUGGCCGAACUGCCCCAGGAGCUGUUGGACAAUAUCCUCCGCCUCAUGCAGGUGGGCUUCCGGUUAUGCCGCCUGCCUUCCCUCCGUUUGACCAGAAUGAUCCAAUGGCUGCUAUGAUGGCACUCCAGGGUAUGGGGUUCCCUCAAAUGCCCGGAAUGCCACCCUUGCCUAUCCCCACAUCUGGAGGAGCUCCUGACCAGCAAGCUGGGAAGAUAAUGCAACGCUGCCCCUUCUAUGACACUCAAGGUAUUUGCUAUUUAGGGGCUACUUGCCCCUACCAACAUGGCCUGGAGGCUGCACCCUUGAACGAGGAUGAGUAUGACCCAAAAACGCCCAAUGUAGUGAUGGACUUCAGUAGAGCGAAAUCAGCUACGCGUGGCGAUAGAGGUCGUGGUCGAGGGCGUGGAGGAGAUAGAGGUGGCUUUCGAGGACGAGGUCGGUCUGAAUUCUCCGCGCUUGGACCCAAUGAGGACCAGUCGAUCACGACGAUUGUGGUGGAACAGAUCCCCGACGACAAGUUCAACGAACAAUCAAUCCGGGAGUUCUUUUCUCAAUAUGGCGACAUUGUCGAUAUCACGCUGCAGUCUUACAAAAAUUUUGCUUUGGUCAAGUACGACACUUAUGCCGCAGCGAAGGCAGCAUGGUCUAGUCCUAAAGUAAUUUUCGACAAUCGCUUUGUGAAAGUCUAUUGGCACAAACCCAAGGAGAAGGCAGACAGGAACGGUGAACCAGCCGCGGGAGAAGCCCCUGGUGAUGGCACGGUCUUCGAUAAAGAGGAAUUCGAAAGACACCAACAAGAGGCACAGAAGACAUACGAAGAGAAGAUGAAGAAACGAAAGGAGAUGGAAGAAGCGAAGCAGGCCUUGGAGAGACAGCGGGAGGAGCUUCAGAAGAAACAGCAAGAAGAGAAGGCCAAACUUCUGCAGAAACUGGGAGCAACACCUAGUGGAAAUGGGACAGAUUCUCCCAAUGGCCAUGCGUCACCCGCAGCAGAUGAGGGAGCCAGUGAGCAAACAAAACAGCUCCGAGCACAGUUGGCAGCCCUCGAAGAAGAAGCGAAGAAUCUUGGGAUCGACCCUCAUAACACUGAGACCGGCCCGUCAUACUCCUAUCGUGGACGGGGAAGAGGGUAUCCACCUUAUUACCGUGGCAGAGGCGGAUGCCCACCGCGUGGCCGCGGAUAUGACCCUUCUUACCGUGGUGGAUAUCGCGGUAGGGGAGCGCCUCGUGGUCGAGGUGCUAGUGUCCUCCGUCUCGAUAAUAGACCAAGAAGAAUUGCGAUCUCGGGUGUCGCGUUAAAUUCGGAGCAAGACGAAGCUCUGAGACAGUACUUGGUAGGUAUUGGUGAAUACGAAUCGAUUGAGCCUAAUCCAGAACAGACGGAUUCUUUGAUCGUCACCUUCAAGGAGCGCUACAUGGCGGAAAAAUUCAUGUAUGGCACACGGUCGAUACCAUCCGUAGGCAACGUGGAACUUUCCUGGCUCCCAAACCCACCUACUGCUGCCACUACGCCGGCUGCAGAUGUCAUGGACACCAAAAGUAGCGGUGGUGAUGAGGAAGAGGGGGUUAUGGAUACAGUGGCAGACUCUCGUCUUCUGUCGUCGGGUCAGCUAGACGCACACAAGGACGGAAGUGGAAAUCAUGAGGUCGAUUACGACGUUGCCGAGGAGGAUGAUAAUUGGGGGAUUUAAUAGACAGGGUUUGUUGCGCAUAUACUAUACAGGGCCUAUUUCGUCUGUUCUUCAACCAUAUCUUCUGUAUGUGUACAGUAUUUCAGUGUUAGUUGACUUAUGUCGACCGCUGGCUGUUGUUCCUGACUUAAGCCAGUCUUCAAUAUGCUCUGUUUCAACACCAAUGGACAAGUUUAUAGAUCUAAGUUUCCGUCAACUGACCGGCAGAAGACGUUUAGUCUAGGGGAGUAUCGAAGUAGUGAAUAGGAGCAAAAAUGAGCGAUAAAGUAUCAGACGAAGUCGGUAUAUCACAGUAAAUACGGGAGGUUUAAAUUCAG